AUGGACAAACCUACCGACCGCCGGCCCAUCGUCAUCGCCGGACCCAGCGGCGUCGGUAAAGGCACACUUUGGACAAUGCUCCGCGACAGACACCCGAACACAUUCUCUCUCUCGAUAUCGCAUACGACUCGAGCGCCCCGAACAGGAGAGGUCAGGGGCGUACACUAUCACUAUGUCACGAGGGAAGAAUUCAAGCAGCUCAUUGACCAGGAUGCAUUCAUAGAACAUGCGGAGUUUGGCGGUAACCUGUACGGUACCAGCAGAGAGGCUACCCGCCCAGCCGUCAACAAGGAUGACAAGAUUAUCGUGCUAGAUAUAGACAUAGAAGGUGUCAAGCAGGUAAAGGAGUCGCACUUCAACGCGCGCUACGUCUUUAUCAAGCCGCCGUCGACACCUUCAGAAAAAGCCGAUGAGCCCGAGGAGGACAGGAUGCGCCGGACGCUUGAGAAGCGCCUGCGCGGUCGCGCUUCAGAGUCGGAGGAGCAGAUCAAGAAGCGGCUUGAUCGGGCCUUGUCGGAGAUUACCUACGGCAUCGCCCUCGACGACGGCAAGUAUAAGCAUUUCGACACGGUCAUCGAAAACAAUGAAUUGGAAACGGCCUUUAAGAACCUGGAAAGUUGGGUCUACGGCCCGAAGGAGGAGAGCACGACGGCUCAAUAG